GUUGCGUGUAUUAUAAAUUGCAGGAGGAAUAAAGCUUCAGCUACUCUUGUACAAAGAUUAUGGAUCGUGACACUAAUGACUCAGACCCCAGGCAAAGCAAGCCUUCUGGUCAGACAAGCCGUGGAGGUUCUUUGAGAAGGCAUUCUUUUCAUUUAACAAGUGUUGUCCCAUGUCAAAUAGAUGAUGAUGCCAAAAGUGAGAGUGUUUCAGAGGUAGGAGAUAUUGGGGAUCGGUCUUUUAACAGCAAUAGGUACAAUGGAAGUGGCAGGCACCACUUCUUUGCUGAUAAUACCGUCUCCCCUUUAUCGCCAUUACCAGCGGAAAUUGUAUCUCCUCUUUCCAUCGGAGACAUAAAGCAAGAGACUAAGAGAGAUCUUCCAGGGGCAUUGCAGUAUAUUAUAUGCCUCGUUCAUCUUUCUGUUUUCGGAAUUUUGGGGGUUUUAACAAGGUAUUUACUGCAAAAGCUGUUUGGUCCUGGAACUGUUGGUGCCACAGGGAACUAUAGCUAUAUGUACCUCGAUCUUCCUUCUAAUAUGGUUGGUUCAUUCUUGAUGGGGUGGUUUGGCGUUGUUUUCAAAAGGGAUAUUGCCGAAGUUUCAGAUUUUUUAGCCAUUGGACUGACAACUGGUUACUUGGGAAGCCUUACAACUUUUAGCGGUUGGAAUCAAAAAAUGCUUGACCUCAGUGUGGAAGGCCAAUGGGCUUUUGUUCUCCUCGGCUUUCUUGUAGGUUUAAUUCUUGUUUUCGGAUCCAUCAUUAUUGGGAUCGACUCAGCCAAGGGUUUCAGGUGGCUUCUCAAAAGAUUGAACAAAAGUCCAGAACAGGGCAUCUGUAACACCAAAAGAAAUUGGAAGGUGAACAACUGCAAGCGUCACUUGGCAGUUUUGGUGGUGCUGGUACUGAUGCUAGGCUUGUUAUGGGGAGUGAGUGGGACUCUACUGAAGAAAGAGUUUGACAGUGGCAGCAGUGGAGCUCAGCUGUGGUUGGCUUGCAUGGUUGGACCACCAGGUGUGUGGAUUAGGUGGUGGUUAGCCCGACUCAAUGGACGUGGUUUAGGAAGAGCAGGCCUGUUGAAAUGGAUUCCUUUUGGGACACUAAUCGCCAAUGUUUCUGCAGCUUGUGUCAUGGCAGCUCUUGCAAUAGUGAAAGAAGUGGUGAACACUAGGACUUGUGAUAAUGCUGCAACUGGCAUCCAGUUUGGGCUGUUGGGUUGUCUUAGUACUGUUUCUACUUUCAUUGCGGAGUACCAUGCAAUGAGAGAAAGCAAGCAGUCGUGGAGAGCAUAUGCAUAUGCCCUGAUUACAAUAGUUACGUCGUUUGUUUUGGGGACCCUUAUAUAUUCUACACCGCAUUGGAUCGGGGAUACAAGUAGUGUUGACUCUGCCUUCACCUAGGCUCAAAAAAGUUGCUGCAUAAGGAGUCUGGUGCAGAAUUAACUCAAUCAAGAUUGUUGAUGCUCAGGAUAUUGCAGAAUGCAUCUGGUCUUAUCUACUGAAAGUUUAUGCUAAUCUAGUGAGGUCAGAUCCUGCCCUAGUCUAUUACUCUUAUGGUUAGUAAUAAACCAUCUCUGAAAUUUUCUGCACUUAACGUUGCAUUUUUUACUCGAAGAAUAUAUGCUUUUCUUUUCGAUUUUGAGUAUGACAUUUCUUUUUGUGUAAAAAUGUAAAUGAUAGAAUAUAUUUGGUGUUCCCUUGUCCAAUUCAGCUAUAAUUUUGUUAUCCGAUUACCUAUUUAUAAAAGAGAUUUUAUAGGUAAGGGGCUUUUCAUGUUUGAUUUGAGAGAUGAUUUACUUGAAAUAAAAAGUACUACCAGUGAAUUCAUAUUUGGUAUGAUGAAUGAAUCAGCUAUUACAGAAAGCCUGUCUUGGAAAUGAAGAGGAGCUCAUCUCAGCUCCAAGCAAUGCGAAUAUCGGCCACAGAGGAGAAGAAACGACCGGGCAUGGACAAGGGGACAAGUGAUUUAUAGGAUUUGAGCGGCAUACGCUGAAACGUCACUCCCACAUUCUUCCCACCUUCCGGUUUCGCUUUUUUGCCUCAGUUGGGAUCAAGAGCCGGCAGUGGAGGCUGCUGAGAAAUAAAGAGAGCAUAUUUUAACUUUUAGUUUCUUUCUCUUUCUUGCUUGAGUUAUGAAGAUGCAAGAAAAUGGUUCUCUAUAUUAGGAAAGAAUCUUCUUACACUUCAAACAAAUCAUCCCCCUCAAAUUCUCUCUUUCUAUUUAUAGAAGUCUACAUUUGCCUUAAAAUUUCUCGCGGCUUGGUUUCCUGUUGGGCCAUCCCACCACAAAGUUAGACCCGAUACCAAAAGGAUUGGACUAGGAAGAUGUUGGAAUUUCUUCCCGAAUGGGUGGGCUGGGCCGGAUCCCGCCCAGUCGGAUUUUAUGCCCCUUCAAGUUUCUUUUUCUUUCUUGGAGUUUGGAAAAAAAAGAUUAUUUAGCCACAAAAAAUGGCAUUGCAUGGAAUACCCCUACAGCUGGAGAAGAACUUUGCAACCAUAUCGUCCGUGUAAUACAUGUGCUCGUGUUCGCACGUGCAUUGAAUGAGCCCGUUGGAUGGUGCAAGGGGCGCAAGAAAGUUUUUGUCCUACAGCUGAUGGUUUGUAUGGGUCUUUUGUUCUUUGUCAAUUUUUUCUGUUUGGAUCAUAGGCCUAGUCUGUUAUGAAGAAGAUAAAUAGAUUUUGUGAUUGCAUUUGAAGGAAUGAUUUAUGUGAUUAUUCAAAACUUUGGCACUCAAAUUCAAGCCAGAGAUGCUGUUAUAUCAGGAUGUAAGAUGUGCCAAUUUUGGGCCUUAUAGUACCAAAUUAAAGCAAUCCAUUUAUUCCUCUACUUUCAGAAAAGGUCAUGCCUUGUUUUUUUAAUGGUUUAGCUCACAUUACCUUUCCGUAUAAGAAUGACUUGACAUUAUAUUUGGGAAUAUUGAAUCGGUAUUUUGAAUUUGAAAUUGCACCAAAUUUAAAUUAAAGUCUAAAUUUUUUUUUUUUUUCAG